CGGCGCCGCAGUCGUGGAGGGACACUGGGAUCGUAGGCGGCCGCGGGCGACGCAAGUUCCGCACGGAGCCCGUCUCUUCUCGCCUCACGCUUCUUCCUCUCUCCUAGUUGCGCGCUGCCUCCCGACGGCCGCUCUUCCUGACGAGAGCUUUCGGAGUGCGGUUGCUGAGGAGAAGCCGUCACCACCCCGCCUCGGGGCCGAGUGAGGGUUCCUGUCGCGCCGCGUCGCCCCCUGCGCCGCCUCCUUGCCCUCAGUGGCGGGCGCCCUUCUCGCUGGAAGCACUCCCCCCAGCUCCAUGAAUGGAAAUCGGCUCCGCAGGACCCGUUGGGGCCCAGCCCCUACUCAUGGUUCCCAGAAGACCUGGCUAUGGCACCAUGGGCAAACCCAUUAAAUUGCUGGCUAACUGUUUUCAAGUUGAAAUUCCAAAGAUUGAUGUCUACCUCUAUGAGGUAGAUAUUAAACCAGACAAGUGUCCUAGGAGAGUGAACAGGGAGGUGGUUGACUCAAUGGUUCAGCAUUUUAAAGUAACUAUAUUUGGGGACCGUAGACCAGUUUAUGAUGGAAAAAGAAGCCUUUACACAGCCAAUCCACUUCCUGUGGCAACUACAGGGGUAGAUUUAGAUGUUACUUUACCUGGGGAAGGUGGAAAAGAUCGACCUUUCAAGGUGUCAAUCAAAUUUGUCUCUCGGGUGAGUUGGCACCUACUACAUGAAGUACUGACAGGACGGACCUUGCCAGAGCCACUGGAAUUAGACAAGCCAAUCAGCACUAAUCCUGUCCAUGCCGUUGAUGUGGUGCUACGACAUCUGCCCUCCAUGAAAUAUACGCCUGUGGGGCGUUCCUUUUUCUCAGCUCCAGAAGGAUAUGACCACCCUCUGGGAGGGGGCAGGGAAGUUUGGUUUGGAUUCCAUCAGUCUGUUCGGCCUGCCAUGUGGAAAAUGAUGCUUAAUAUUGAUGUUUCUGCCACUGCCUUCUACAAAGCACAACCUGUAAUUCAGUUCAUGUGUGAAGUUCUUGACAUUCAUAAUAUUGAUGAGCAGCCAAGACCUCUGACUGAUUCUCAUCGGGUAAAAUUCACCAAAGAGAUAAAAGGUCUGAAGGUUGAAGUGACUCAUUGUGGAACAAUGAGACGGAAAUACCGUGUUUGUAAUGUAACAAGAAGGCCUGCCAGUCAUCAAACCUUUCCUUUACAGUUAGAAAAUGGCCAAACUGUGGAGAGAACAGUAGCACAGUAUUUCAGAGAAAAGUAUACUCUUCAGCUGAAGUACCCACACCUUCCCUGUCUGCAAGUGGGGCAGGAGCAGAAACAUACCUAUCUGCCACUAGAAGUCUGUAAUAUUGUGGCAGGGCAACGAUGUAUCAAGAAGCUAACGGACAAUCAAACCUCCACUAUGAUCAAAGCAACAGCAAGAUCUGCACCAGAUAGACAAGAGGAAAUUAGCAGAUUGGUAAGAAGUGCAAAUUAUGAAACAGAUCCAUUUGUUCAGGAGUUUCAAUUUAAAGUUCGGGAUGAAAUGGCCCAUGUAACCGGACGCGUACUUCCAGCACCUAUGCUCCAGUAUGGUGGCCGGAAUCGGACAGUAGCAACACCAAGCCACGGAGUAUGGGACAUGCGAGGGAAACAGUUCCACACAGGAGUUGAAAUCAAAAUGUGGGCUAUAGCUUGUUUUGCCACACAGAGGCAGUGCAGAGAAGAAAUAUUGAAGGGUUUCACGGACCAGCUGCGUAAGAUUUCUAAAGAUGCAGGGAUGCCCAUCCAGGGCCAGCCUUGCUUCUGCAAAUAUGCGCAGGGGGCAGACAGCGUGGAGCCCAUGUUCCGGCAUCUCAAGAACACGUACUCUGGGCUACAGCUCAUUAUUGUCAUCCUGCCAGGGAAGACGCCAGUGUAUGCGGAGGUGAAACGUGUUGGAGAUACACUUUUGGGUAUGGCUACACAGUGUGUUCAAGUCAAGAAUGUAAUAAAAACAUCCCCUCAAACUCUCUCAAACCUGUGCCUAAAGAUAAAUGUUAAACUUGGAGGGAUCAAUAAUAUUCUUGUACCUCAUCAAAGACCUUCUGUGUUCCAGCAACCAGUGAUCUUUUUGGGAGCAGAUGUCACUCAUCCACCAGCUGGUGAUGGGAAGAAGCCUUCUAUUGCUGCUGUUGUAGGUAGUAUGGAUGCCCACCCAAGCAGAUACUGUGCUACAGUAAGAGUUCAGAGACCCCGACAGGAGAUCAUCCAGGACCUUGCCUCCAUGGUCCGAGAACUUCUCAUUCAGUUUUAUAAGUCAACUCGGUUCAAACCUACUCGUAUCAUCUUUUAUCGGGAUGGUGUUUCAGAGGGGCAGUUUAGGCAGGUAUUAUAUUAUGAACUACUAGCAAUUCGAGAAGCCUGCAUCAGUUUGGAGAAAGACUAUCAACCUGGAAUAACUUACAUUGUAGUUCAGAAGAGACAUCACACUCGAUUAUUUUGUGCUGAUAGGACUGAAAGGGUCGGAAGAAGUGGCAAUAUCCCAGCUGGAACAACAGUUGAUACAGACAUUACACACCCAUAUGAGUUUGACUUUUAUCUCUGUAGCCAUGCUGGAAUACAGGGUACCAGCCGUCCUUCACACUAUCAUGUUUUAUGGGAUGAUAACUGCUUUACUGCAGAUGAACUUCAACUGCUAACUUACCAGCUCUGCCACACUUAUGUGCGCUGCACACGAUCUGUUUCUAUACCUGCACCAGCGUAUUAUGCUCACCUGGUAGCAUUUAGGGCCAGAUAUCAUCUUGUGGACAAAGAACAUGACAGUGCUGAAGGAAGUCACGUUUCAGGACAGAGCAAUGGACGAGAUCCACAAGCUCUUGCCAAGGCUGUACAGAUUCACCAAGAUACCUUACGCACAAUGUACUUUGCUUAAAAAGUCUAAGAAUAUUCUCUGAGAGGAAGAACUGGAAGAUGAAUCAACAUACAACUUAUGUUUCCAGUGGAGUCAGCUGAGUGGGGAUGCCUCCAGCCAUACAGAAACCAACACUGUGUGGGGGCCAGGGUCUGAUCUUUAUGUUAAUACAAGGAAGAUUGUUUACUUCAUCAAGGAACACAGCACCAUUAUGCAAUAUGAAACCAGCCAACUGCUUUUUUGUGCGGUCUCCUGUAGGAAGUAUCGCAAUCAUUUUGUUUUCACUUUCUUGUAGUCUAACCCUUUUAAUGCCUUUACCUCAAGUUGCUUGGCAGCACAACUCUUUGCAAAAAAAAAAAAGUAAAGAAAAAGUAAAUGAUGGUUUUUUAAAAAACACACCUAUAUGAAUAAUCAAAGUGAUUGUUCACAGUUAUGUGUGCAAAAAAUGUGCGUUCAUGUAUUCUUGUAAAAGUUAUCUGUAUAUUUUACUUAUAUACAUGCAUACUGCAUAUGCAUAUAUAUCUGGAUCUACACUGAUAAUAGAUAUAUAUGUAUCUCUGUAUAUAUUUUAUAGUUCAUUCCAUUGGGGAACUUUCUUUCCCUUUUAUUAUCCUCCCACCACCACUAUGAUUUCUCUCUCUACCUCCCUUGCCUUCAUCACCUACAUUUGUUUUUCCCUGAUGCUACCAGUAACAUUCAGAUGUUCAUGUAUCUGGUUCAUUUGAAUAUGAAGCAUGGCAAACUAGAUUUUUAUUUUGCACACCCUACUCCUGUCUUGUCUCAUACAUAAUUCUGAGUCCUCAUCUCUUGGUAUUGCUUUCUUAAGAAAAUAUAUAUAUAUAUAUAUAUAUAUAUAUAUAUAUAUAUAUAUACACACACACACACACAUAUAUAUAUAAAAAAUGUUUUUGUGAGAGUGAAUGUCUGCCCCCUCCUGCUCUCAACUUACAUUUGCCAUUUGUGCAAUGUGUACAUAAGCAGUAGCAACCUAAACUAUUCUUUUUCUUUAGUGAGUUUGUUAAAGCUGCUAUAAAUAUAUAUAAAAAAAAACACAACUUUGUCAGAAGUUGUAACUCUCUCUAUAUAUAAGUGAUAUGUAUUCUAAAGUCUUCUGUUUCUAUGUGUUAUACAUGGAAAUCCCUUAAAACUUUUAUAAAGGGUAAAUAUUUUAAAUGAUUGGAACUGUGUAGGGUUGAGGCCUCUGAAAUUGGGUGGAGAGAAGGUAUUGUGGAGGGUUUUUUUGGUUUUUUUUUACUAGUUUAUUUGCUGCCUCUCAUACCUUAAUGUGAUUUUCAUAUAUAUAUAUUUUUAUAUAUAUGUGUGUUGUAUAUAUAUAAACAUAUAUGUAUGUGUUUUGAAGUAUAGCUUCCUUUUCUUUUAUAUUUAUUAGAAUAGUGCUUUAAUAAUUAUAGAAUCAUAUCGGCAACAUCUUUUAUAGAAAUAUAAUCAUGUUUAUUUUAAGAACUGACAACUUGUUUUUGCUCUCUUUUAGUGCAAUAAGCAGUUUUAAAAGAAAGCUGUGUCUGUUUGACAUCUUUACCACAGAUAGUGGGAGAAACAGGCACCUCCAUAAUUUUAAAAGGGCAAAGUAUAUAGCCUUAAUUUCAGAAGGAAAGUUUUGUAAUUUUCAAGUUUAAAGCAUGUCUUAUAAAAAUCAUAAUGAAAAUGAAGGAAGUUAAAUUUCCUAAAUGAGUGUUGACCUUGAAUAUUAGAAAUAAAGUUGAAGAACUUUGAUUUAAGUAAUGACAGUGACUAGCUUAAGAUUUAGAAGAUAUUUAAAUUCUUUGAAAAUAGAUCAUGUUUAUUGAAGAAUCAUACUGGUAAGGUGCCCAUUUUCAUUUAGUAAAAUGAGUCAGGAAAAUAUAAAAUGAUAUUUUAAAAACUUUUUUUGCUAAUUCAUCACCAGUGUAACUUUCCUUUUAAAAUUAGGGUGAUGGUGACAAAGGAAGUUAGGACUUUGAGCAUUUGAAAUGAGUUAAAUCACUGAAAUGUUGAAAAAAGUUUUGCAAAACUUUUGUUUUAUUGACUUCACUUUAAGAUAUUAAAAAAUACUAUAAAGCUGUCAAAACCGAGUUUAUCAGUAACCUUGGAUUCAGGGGAGCUUUGCACUUUGUAACUCAUGAAAAUUGCAUUUUAAUUUUUUUUUUUUUUGCACUGGUUCAGAGUAUUGAUAUUACAGAUUGUUUCCAGUGGGCAUUGCUGUUAACCUUUCAGAAUUCCAUCUGCACAUGAAAACAAAUGGAUUAGCUCUUUAGUUUCUCUCUUACCUAUAAUCCACACUUAUUGCCAAUUUACUGUAUUUUGAGCCUAAAAUCUGAGCCCAUAUCCUCCAACAGGUAUGAAAUAUUUUGUCCCUCUGCCAGAAAACUAAGAAAGUACUGUAUUUUGUAUGUUUAUUAUAUUGAAGUGUCUGAAAUGCAAUUUACAACACUGUUUUAAAGCUCUUUACAUAAGGUAAUGUUUGUGUAGUGUAUACAUUUUUCUCCCAACCCUCCCCCCCUCCAAAAAAUUUCUAUAAAGAGUGUAUUUUUUUUUACAUUGAAAUUUCACUGAAUAUAGUCAAGAACAUAGGCAAGAGAAGAAAAUAGUAUAUCCUAGGUGGUAAAAACCUGAUGGUGUAUGUUUGCUCAAUAUGAGUAAAACAUCUUCCUUUAUCAGUGGGAGCUGUACAGAUUGAUGUGGAAAACUUUAGGGCCCAGGGAAGAACUAUAGAUAACCUUUCCCUAUUUACCUGCUUUACCUAAUUUUCAGUCACUUAAUCUCACUUGUGCUAAAGUAAAGCCCAUAAUUUAAAUCUAUUUAGAAGGACUUUUACAGAGGAAAAAAUAAUUUUUUUUAAUAUAAAGCUUUACCUUUGAAGUGAGUUCUUUUUAGGGUGCUCUUAGAGUUUCAACAUUGCUAGUUUAAAGUUGGUUAACUUGAAAGAAUAUGUAUAGUAUAUUCUAUUUUGCUUACUAACAAAUUGGUAUAUCAAACUUAAUUAUAAGAAACUUUGUGCUUAGAACUUUAAGGUAAAUACUAAGUGGCAAAUAUUUUUUGAAAUUUGUUUCAUUAUUAUACUUCUGGUGUAGAAUUGCUGAUCUUUUUUAUUUUAAAAAAAAAAAGGUUGUUUUGAGUUUAAUGGUCAUGAAACUCAACAGUGACCUUUCUGUUCCUGCCCUUGCUCACUAAUUACACAAUGAAUGCUAAAUUUCUGUCUGCUGUUUUCUGUGAUAUAAGAGUGACUUCAAAAUGUCAGUCCCAGCAACUGGUAUAAUAGAUUUUCAUGUGAAGCAGAAUUGGGAGUUUAAUGUAUAUUCUGGAUGGCAAGUGUGUAAAGUGCUGAUACAUGUUUUAUAUUACAGUAUCAUCAAGUUACUGGCAUUGAGGACCAUGCAUUUAUAAUACCGUAGCUGCUAUAUUUAUUUAAUGAAGUAGAGUCUGACAGUUACUGCACUUAACAGUAAGGAAAUGAGCAGGAUUCAAGGCUAGUGUUAGACUUUUUUUUUUUUUUCCUAAAUAAGAUUUAAGAACAUGAAAUAUCAAGGUAACAAAGGGUGCUGCCAAUUUAGUUUCAAUUUAAUAUCAGGAUACUCUUUCUUUGUUUUAGAAAUGUGGAUUUUUACUUUAGCAGUUUUGGAAAAGGGUACCUCAGCCUCCUCAGUACUGGUUUUUAGCAUAUUUUCACAGGAGUACAGGUGCCCUUUAUUUUUUUCUUAAUAUUUACCUUUUAACAAGUUUAUCAGAAAAAGUAUUCUUCUGUGGAAAUCUUCCUGUUUGUAACCUAUUAAUUUAUUUAUCUUCCUACAAGAGAGUCUAGGUGGGAUUCUAGUAGGAAUGUACUGGGUGUUUUAGAAGGCACUUGAUAAAGAUUCAUCUCUACUUUCUAGCAUGGAGACUUCUAGCCCUCUAAACACCUAUACUGGUUUUCCAAACUAGGUUCUCUGAUGACCCACCACUGCCUAAAGUUUACUUAUAUAUUAUCUAAUGGAUUUUAGUAUGACAGACCUCAUGACAGGCUUAGUCAUGACAGACUUAAAGUAUGACUAAGGAGAUAGAAGCUGAGUUGCCAUUCAGUAGAAACGGCUGGCUGAGGAUCUCAAUGUUUAAGGAAAAGGUGAACACUCAGCAUGCCAGUAAUCAGUCUAAAGGAUCUAUUAUUGAUGGAUUAUAGACCAGGAAUUAGAGACUCUUAUUCAAGGAAUUUGGUGGGUGUUUGAUUCAGAGGCCAACAUGAAUUUGCUAUGGGUGGUGAUUUUUAUGAAAUCUGUGAAGCUAGCCACUUGGAUUCAGCUAGAAUAUUUUGUAGUCUUGCUAUUAAAACUUGAUAGUGAUGUUUUGCCAAGAAGCUUAACUGACAGCUCGGCAUAAAUUUUAUUCAGUAUCAUUAAACCUGGGUUAAAUAUUUAUUUAACUCAUCCUCUUAGAUGUUCUCCUAUUGAAUAGUUUUUAAAGACAAGUUGCCCCUAACAGUAACUUGCUACUUAAAUUAUCUUUUAUGAGUUAUCAGUCAAGCUGCAAAAAGACACCAUUGAACUGGUAUCUUUAUUUUGGCUUUUUUAAUCCUUUUCAUUCUUUUUGAGAAUUCAUGGAUGUCUUAAAGCUUCAAUAAUAAUACCUGGGAGACUUUAUAUCAAGUGAGGCCUUUGUGAGUGGCAGUAUAACCCUGACUCUAAAGUCUUUCUUUAUUUUCCUUUUUCCCUCUCAUUUGAUCAUAUAAAGCACUUUGUGAUUCUACAGGAGUCGAAAAACAAGCCAAGAAUAAUGUGUAAAAUCAGUACAUAGAUGUGAAAGUCAGAAUUUUCUCCAAAAAAUCUUUUUAAAAAAAUUUCCUGCUUAUACUAAGAACGUUUUUGAUCAGUGGCAAUAUUGGAAAUGAUGCUGUGAUUAGUGAAACCUAAGCUGACUCCCAGGAAGAAAAAUUCAAUCUCUCUCUCUCUUUCUCUCUCUCUCUCUCUGUGUC